GGUCACUUGGAGGGGCUCAGGGGUCACUUGGAGGGGCUUAGAGGUCCCCAGCACCCCUGUCCCUGGGGCACGGUGGGAGGCCGUGUCCCCGGGCUGUCCCCAGGCUGUCCCCGGGCUGUCCCCUCGCUGUCACCCCACUGUCACCCCUCUGUCCCCGCAGCCAUCGAGGACGAGUACAGCGGCCCCAAGCUGGAGGACGGCCGGGUGACCUUGGCCUUCAUGAAGGACCUGAUGCAAUGGUACAAGGACCAGAAGAAACUCCACAGGAAAUGUGCCUACCAGAUCCUGGUGCAGGUGAAGGAGGUGCUGGCCAAGCUGCCCACCCUGGUGGAGACCACGUUGAAGGAGACGGAGAAGGUGACGGUGUGCGGGGACACGCACGGGCAGUUCUACGACCUGCUGAACAUCUUCGAGCUCAACGGGCUCCCCUCCGAGGCCAACCCUUAUAUUUUCAACGGGGACUUCGUGGACCGCGGCUCCUUCUCGGUCGAGGUCAUCCUGACGCUCUUUGGCUUCAAGCUGCUCUACCCUGACCACUUCCACCUGCUCCGAGCCCCCCCGUCGCUGUCGCUGUCCCCUGGGGUUCGGGGUGUCCUGUGCCUCAUCCCUGCUGUCCCCAACGUCCCCACGGCGUGUCCCCCCCAGAUCAUGCACGGGGGGCUCUUCAGCGAGGACGGGGUGACCCUCGAUGACAUCCGCAAGAUCGAGCGGAACCGGCAGCCCCCGGACUCAGGGCCGAUGUGUGACCUGCUGUGGUCUGACCCCCAGCCCCAGAACGGGCGGUCGGUCAGCAAGCGGGGGGUCAGCUGCCAGUUUGGCCCCGAUGUCACCAAGCGCUUCCUGGAGCGGAACCGCCUGGAGCUGAUCAUCCGCAGCCACGAGGUCAAGCCCGAGGGCUACGAGGUGGCCCACGAUGGCCGCUGUGUCACCGUCUUCUCCGCCCCCAACUACUGUGACCAGAUGGGCAACAAGGGCUCCUACAUCCACCUGCGGGGCAGCGACCUCCGCCCCGACUUCCACCAGUUCACAGCAGUGGUGAGUCUGGGGGCUGUUUUACCAUCUCUUUUGGCACUGGGACCAGUUCCAGUGGCAGAGCGAGCUGCCAAUCAGCGCCGCGCAGCCAAUAGGAGCGCGGAGCGCCUUCGUCCGUCGCGCCGCUCAGCCAAUAGGAGAGCGGAGCGCCUCUGUCAGCCGCGCCGCUCAGCCAAUAGGAGCGCGGAGCGCCUCCGCUGGUCCCGCCCCCCAACCGAGAGCGUCGGACGGGUCCGAAACGUCUCGGAAUGA